AUGGACAAAGUGAACCGCGUGCUGAAGGUGGUGCGCCGAAUGUCCCCCAGGAAGAGGGAGCGUCCCGCGCUGGAGGACCUGUGGGAGCUGGACAGCCCGGGGACCUGCCAGGACAGCUUGUGCUCCCUCGGCCGCUGUCUCUGCGAUGAUGGGCCGUACUCCAAGGGGAACAAGGACUCUGUCGGGAACGACAGCUCGCUGGCCUGUCGGAGACAGAGCAUCCCAGAAGAGUUUCGGGGGGUGACGGUAGUGGAGCUGAUUAAGAAGGAGGGCAGCACGCUGGGCCUCACCAUCUCCGGGGGAACGGACAAGGACGGCAAGCCCCGCGUUUCAAACCUGCGGCCUGGGGGCCUGGCUGCCAGGAGCGAUCAGCUCAACGUGGGGGAUUACAUCAAGUCUGUCAACGGCAUCAACCUGACCAAGCUGCGGCACGAUGAGAUCAUCAGCCUCCUGAAGAACGUGGGGGAGAGGGUGGUGCUGGAGGUGGAGUACGAGCUCCCUCCGUCAGCUCCAGACAGUACCUCAGGUGUUCUUUCCAAGACAAUCGAGAUAUGUUUGCACAAGGAAGGCAACAGUUUUGGCUUCGUCAUGCGAGGAGGUUCUCAUGAAGACUGGCACAAGUCGCGCCCCCUAGUGGUGACAUACGUGCGACCAGGCGGCCCCGCCGACAGAGAGGGGACCCUGAAAGUGGGGGACCGUCUCCUGAGUGUGGACGGGGUGCCCCUGCCCAGUGCGAGCCACGCGGACGCCCUGACAGUGCUGAGCCAGAGCAGCCAGGAGGCGCUGUUUCAGAUUGAGUACGACGUGUCCAUCAUGGACUCGGUGACCAAUGCCUCAGGCCCCCUGCUGGUGGAAAUCGCCAAGUCUCCCGGGACGUCGCUGGGCAUCACCCUAGCAACCGCCACGCACAGGAACAAGCAGGUCAUCGUCAUCGACAAGAUCAAACCUGCCAGUGUGGUAGACAGGUGUGGGGCGCUGCACGUGGGGGACCACAUCCUGUCGAUCGACGGGACGAGCACAGAGCACUGUGGGCUGCUGGAGGCCAUGCAGCUGCUGGCCAGCACGGCGGACCAGGCCAAGCUGGAGAUCCUGCCCCACCACCACAGCCGGCUGCCCAGCCAGCCCCAGGACUCCGUGAAAGUGCAAAAGAGUGACCAUCCACAUUCGUGGGACCCCUGUGUCAACUACUGCCAGACCCAACACCCCCCUAGCCACUGCAAGACACCAACAUGGACAUCUUCCAGCAACCCCACCAACAGCCAAGACUACUGCAAAUCCCUGGUUUCCAGCAGCUUCUCUCCCGGCUCCACCACCACGUCGGGCUUCACCAGCCAGAACUCCUCCACCCUGCCGCGCACCACCAUUCCCAUGAGCCCCCGCAACUCCAUGCUGAAGAGGAGGCAGAGGAAGAAAGAGCACAAGAGCUCGCCCUCUCUUUCCGCUCCCUCAGUGUCGCUGGCGUCCAGUUCGGUGGGGCCAGGGGGGCAGAUCGUGCACACGGAGACCAGCGAGGUCACCCUGAGGGGCGACCCCCUCAACGGAUUCGGGGUCCAGCUCCAAGGGGGCAUCUUCGCCACGGAAACACUCUCGGCCCCCCCGGUCAUCCGCUUCAUCGAGCCGGACAGUCCCGCUGAGAGGUGCGGCUUGCUCCAGGUGGGGGACAGGCUCCUGUCAAUCAACGGCAUUCCCACAGAGGACGGAACACUGGAGGAGGCCAAUCAGCUGCUCCGAGACGCAGCUCUGACCAAUAAAGUCACUCUGGAGAUUGAGUUUGAUGUAGCAGAGUCGGUGGUUCCCAGCAGUGGUACGUUCCACGUGAAGCUUCCCAAGAAGAAAGGAGUGGAGCUGGGAAUCACCAUUAGCGCAAGCAAGAAACCGGAUGAGCCACUGAUCAUCUCUGACAUUAAGAAGGGCAGCAUGGCGCACAGAACUGGCACCCUGGAGCCCGGAGACAAGCUGCUGGCCAUCGAUAACAUCCGGCUGGAGAACUGCUCCAUGGAGGACGCCGUGCAGAUCCUGCUGCAGAGCGAGGACCUGGUCAAGCUCAAGAUCCGCAAGGACGAGGACAACUCCGAUGAACAAGAGACCUCUGGCUCCAUAAUCUACACGGUGGAGCUGAAACGGUACGGCGGGCCCCUGGGAAUCACCAUCUCUGGCACGGAGGAGCCCUUCGACCCCAUCGUCAUCUCCGGCCUCACCAAGAGAGGCCUGGCUGAACGGACCGGGGCCAUCCACACGGGAGACCGCAUCCUGGCCAUCAACAGCGUGAGCCUGAAGGGGAAGCCCCUGAGCGAGGCCAUCCACCUGCUGCAGGUCGCCGGGGAGACCGUCACGCUCAAGAUCAAGAAGCAAGUGGACACCAACUGUGAGCAGAAGAAGAAGUCGGGUCUGGAGAGCGAGCUGAGCGAUGAAGAGGAGGAGAUGAGCGACUCACAGAAGACCACCAAGCUGUCGGAGGUCUACUCCGCCACCAUCCCCAGCGUGGACUCCGCUAUGGAGUCCUGGGACGGGUCGGGCGUCGACGGAGGUUACGGGACGCAAGGGACGUACGUGCAGCAGGGCGCGGGAAUGGCCCUUCAUCCCCACGAGUGGCGCAGUGCCAAGCAGAGGAACAGCACGCCCCCUCAAGGCCGUCGCAAGAACUACCCCUUCAGCGACGCUGGCUUCAGCGAGGACGAGUGGGACAAGCCCCCCGGGUAUUCUGCCCAUCCACACAACAACGGUCUGAUCCUGGACCAUGAGGACAGCUUCUGGUGCCAGGCACUGGAGGACCUGGAGACCUGCGGCCAGUCGGAGCUCCUCAGGGAGAUCGAGGCUUCCAUCAUGACAGGCAGUGCCCUGAGCCUGGGCAUGGAGGGGACCAAGGCCCACCCAGACCUGGGGGUCCAGGCCAGGACCAGCCCGGUGCGGAAGACUUCCCACCCGUACGGCGAGGCCAAGGGCAGGGGCACACUGCGCAUGUCCGAAAAAACAUGGGAGUCGCGCAGGAUCAAGGAGGAAAUGCAGGAGAUCCUGUCGCCCACUCCUCUAGAGCUGCACAAGGUGACGGUGAUGAAGGAUCCGGAGAGCGAUGACUUUGGCUUCAGUGUCUCUGAUGGCUUCUUGGAGAAGGGCGUUUACGUCAACAUGAUUCGGCCGGACGGCCCAGCAGAGCGAGCAGGGCUGAAGCCAUACGACAGGAUUCUACAGGUGAACCACGUCCGGACCAGGGAUUUUGACUGCUGCCUGGCUGUCCCCCUUAUCACAGAGGCAGGGGACAAACUGGAGCUGGUCAUCAGCAGGAACCCCCUGACGCAGGCAUCCGUGGGACAGCAUCGAGACUGCGAGGACCCCUCAACCACACUGCCCAACAGCCGAGAGUUCAAGACCAACACCAUGGAUCUGUAA